AUGAUGAGUACCGUUGAUACCACCUUAAAUAUCGAUGAUAUUUUCACACUUCUGAAGGAAACGAGAGCGAAGGAGCAGAAGUUCGACAAAACGGAAUCAGAGAAAAAGAACAAUUCUAACGUAUUGUAUGAGGAAAUUAAGAAGAAAGUCUCACAUUUACCAACUAUCGAAGCACAUGUGGUAACUAAAAAUACGAAGGACCUUGGGAAGAAUAAACAACGGGGGGUUCAAAAAAUUGAUGAUUCUGUCGAGAGUGUUUUGCCAGAUAUGAACCAAAAGACCGUAACUGAUCGACGUUUACUAAAGGAGGAGAGAUCGAUGAAGUGGUUCUCUCUACCAAAAGUUGAGAUGACAGAUGAUAUAAAACGAGACUUGGUUAUUAUAAAGAAUAGGAAAUAUUUAGAUCCAAAAAGGUUCUAUCGUGGUGAAAAGUGGGAAAUUCCUCAAAACUUCCAAAUUGGUGAAAUUGUGGAAGGUGUUGGAGAAUAUGCGGGACGAAUCGGUCGUAAAAAGAGAGGAAAGACUCUCACUGACGAAAUACUAAAAGACGAGAAGGCUAAAGAAUGGUUUGGCAAGACUUAUUCGGAAAUUCAGAAGAAAAAAUCAAGCGGUGGCAAGAACUUUCUUAAGGAUAAAAUUAAUAAAAGGAAGAAGUACUAG